AGUUUCUUUCUUGUUUUGCUGCAAUGUUGCAUCUCUUACUAGUUUUAGUUUCUUUCAUGCUAGCUGCAUGCCUCUCCUCCUCUUGUGGCCUUGUUAUACAAGGUUUCCUACUAUUCUGUCCACUUCCCAAGUGCAAGAGUUAACCAUAUUCUUAAUAUUUUGUCCCUUUCACUGGUAAACUCUGAACUCUCUGCCUGCUUCCCUGUAUUCCCCUUCCUAUGACUUCAAUUCUUUCAAGAGGGAGGUCUUUUGACACUUCUCCAACAUUUUGGCCCUUUUCUUCUGGAAUUGGUACCUCAGUGUGCCUUUAUUUAAUUUUUUUUCUUGCCUUUGGUUCUUACAUAAAAGAAAAAACAUUUCUAUUUUGGUCUCCUCUUUUCCAUCACACACUUUUUGAUUGCAUGAUAUUAGAAUUACUCAAAAUUCCAGAUGCUGACCUAGACAGAUUUCACUACAUCUGCAAAGGAAGGAGGACCAGUUCAGCUGAAAGAGGUCAUAUUCACCAAGGAGCAGAAAAGGAAAGUAUUUCAGGAUGUUCAUGACUUCAGUAGAGGAGGAGCUCACAUGGGCACCAGUAAGACUAUUGCCAAAAUUACAGAGAUUUUAUUGGAUAGGCAUUAAAAAAGAUGUAGUGAAGUGGAUAGGUGAGCAUGAUUGAUGUCAGAGAUCUGAAAAGAUAAAGACUGUAGCAUCAGUUCUGAAACCUAUUAAGACUGAAGGCCUUUGGCAGAUGGUUGGUGUGGAUUUGAUAGGCUCCCUAAAAAAGAGUCAGUCAAUCAGGCAACAAGUGUAUCCUUAAUUUAACAGACUUAUGGCCCAAAUUUAUAAAGGCAUUUCCAUUGUCUUCAAAAUCUGCUAAUCUGGUAUGUGAUAUAUUGUAGAGUAUUUUCUUCCAUUUUGGUCUCCCAGAGGAAAUCUCAACUGAUCAGGGAAAGGAAUUCUGUAAUACACUGAAUGACAAACUCUUCCAUUUUCCAAGUGAAGCACCAUGUAACACUUGCUUACCAGGCCAAACUAAUGGUCAAGGGGAGAAGACCAACCAGAUGCUGAAGGGCAUUCUAGUUAAAUUAGUAAAUGGGAAUCAGGAUGACUGGGACAGACACUUAGAGGCUGCUUUAUUUGGUAUAAGAACAUCAGUGCAAGCUUCACACAAAGUAUUCUACUUUUUUUUAUGUUUGGUAGACACCCAAGACUAUUUACUGAAUUGCAGCAAAAUGAUCAUGAAAAAGUUGAUAUUUUAGAAUUCCCAAAUUUGAAUCCCUCAGAUGAGUCAGUAGAAUCAAGAAAUUGUCACAUGACACCUGUGAAAGAAAAAGCUGACAAUCAUAUUGCUAAAGUACAAGCAAAGCAAAAGAAAUAUGAAAAGAGAAAAUCUAAAGGAUAUAAGAUCAGAAUGAAAGUUCUUGUAAAGAAUAAUAAAAAGCAAGGAAGGAAAGGUUCCCAGCUUGAGAAGGAUUGGCUUGGACCUUAUGACAUACAUGGCAUCUUAGAUAACUGUGUAAAAGUUAGUAGAAAUAGAAAAGUCCUUGAAAAUAAAAUUGCAUUAAUUCUCAUUAAACCUUAUAAAUCCCCCAGUAUUGCACAUGAGCAUGCAUGACUUUCUGGCCAAAUACUGCUAUCAUCAGCUGCAGGAAAUGCUUCUGCUUUCUAUAUCUUUUCAGAAUCCAUGGCAUCUGGGGAGGAACCUUGAGAGGACACUUCUCCAACUACAGACCAUGCUGGUGUGUAGGCAGCAGCCUGAUAGGGUCCCUUCUGAAGGGUCACAGCAUAUCACUUUCUUGUCUCUCAGCACUGUCAGUAAGGAAUGCAUUUCAGAAUCCAUGGCAUCUGGGGAGGAGCCUCAAGAGGACACUUCCCCAGUUAUGGACCAAGCUGAUGUGAUGCAGCAGCCUGUUAUGCCCCAUUUCAAAGGGUCACAGCAUAUCACUCUCCUUCCUGCCAACACUAAUCCAUGUCAUCUGGGGAGGAGCCUUCAGAGGACACUUCUCUGAUUACAAACAAUGCUGAUGUGAGGCAGCAGCCUGAUAUGCUCCUUUUCAAAGAGUCAGAGCAUAUCACUCCCCUGCCUGUCAUCACUGUUGGCUACCAUGCAAGGAAGAUGACAGCAUAAUUGAAUGUGAUUGCUGCAAGAGUUAGUACCAUUAGGAAUGUGAGAACAUCUCAUCUGUUUGUAGGCAGAAACUGGAGGAAUCCAAUAUAGUCUAUGUUUGGAGCAUGUGUCAACAAUCUUCAAGGUAUGUGAAAAUAGAAUGUCACAACACCAUUACUUGAAGUGUUUACAGUGAAAUGAAGGCAAUAGAUAACUUUGUGUCAGUAUCUUUUAAUUUUUCUUA